CGGCCGCGCGUUCGGCAGCCGUCUGCAGCGGCCGCCCCUCGCGGCGCGCCGGGCGUCCGAUCGCGCAGCGGCCGAGCGCGCGGAGGUCGGCGUGCGUGUCCGCGUGGUGAUGGAGUACGAGUUCGAGGAGGCGGGCGCCGCCGACGGGGUGGAGCUGAACCGCGCGCUCGAGUUCGUGUGCGGGGGCGGGGACGUAGCCCCAGGGCUUGACGAGGGCAUCCGCGGCAUGCGGGCGGGCGAGACGCGCACGCUGCGCUUCGCGGCCGCGGGCGGGUCGCUCUUCGGCGGGUGGGACGAGGGCCGUGUGCUGGACCUGCCGGUGGAGGACCUCCCGCCCGGGCACUCCGCGGGCGACAGUGUCUUCCUGGACGGCGGCGCGGCCAAGAUCCUGAGGGUGGACGGCCCGACCGCGACGCUGGACUUCAACCACCCCCUGGCCGGCCGGGCGGCGGCGGUGAACGCCACGCUGCUGAGCUGCGAGGCGGUCGAGAGCGUGGCGGUGCGCGUGCGCACCCUCGAGCCCGGGUCGGGGCCGCGAGGCCCGAGGUUCGGCGACAGGGUGACGCUCCGCUUCGAGGGCGCCUCGGCCACGGCCGCGGGGCUCCCCCGCGGCAGGCCGGCUACCUUCACCGUGGGCGCCGGGGACCUUCCCGAGGGCGUGGAGGAGGGCGUGGUUCGCAUGCGACUCGGCGAGAGGGCCGAGGUGCUGUUGCCCAGCGCUCGGGCGCCCGGCGGCCAGCCCCUCGCGAUCGAGGCCUGGCUCCUGGCCAUCGACUGCGACCUCGAGCUGGCCCUCUGA